AUGAAGACCGUGACCCAUGAAAGAAAGCGCCCAAGAGGAAGACCUGGAUUGUCAUGGGUGGAGUACAUCUCUCAGUUUGGGCAGAAAAGAGGUAUGCGGAUAAUAUGAGGGCUCUAGCUCGGGACCGAAAUGCUUGGGAUGCAUGGAUCGAGGCACCUCCAUACUGA